AUGAGUGAUGUAAAUGAAGAUACCCGGUUAUCGUGGGAUUAUAUCAAGGACAAUUACCAGCAAUUCAUUUACUCAUCUUUAACCAAGAGAAGAAUCAAUUUUUUGAAUAAUUUAUCAAACUUAUUGAUUGCAAAUCAAAUUAUCAAUGAUGAUGAUAAGAUUUUGGGAGUAAUUGCUAAAACAUUACUCAAUACUUAUAAUUAUUACUCCGACCAUGAUUCAAGAUUGGCGGUUUUACAAGUGUUGGAAAGCUAUGUAAAAUUUGAUUCAAAUUACUUGAAAAUUUUCAUUAAAUAUUUAAAUACUUUAUGUUUAAAUAAUCAAUUUUCCUUAGCAAUCACGGAUUAUUUGACCUUAUUAAGCUGGAUCAAUAAAUUGAACAACGUCAGUUUCCAAUUGAACUUAGUUAAUGAUGAAAUCUUAACUCAACUCAUUUUAACUCAAAGUUUAUUAUUAAAUAGUACAAUUACAACCAGUUCCAAUUUUAAAUUCUCAAAACAUAUAAGGAGAGUCUAUGAUUCUACCAUUGCUUCUACUAAAGCUUCAAUCUCAAUUGCAUUAUCAAGCUCCUCCGAUGAUCUUAUUGAUACCUAUAUAAGUACUUUACUAAAUUCAACUCCUCAUAAAUCAAAUUUAUCAAUUAUACUUAAUUUUGCCGGUGUUUUAUCAAGUUCAAUCUUAGAUUUACAACCAAUUCAUCCUUCUUUUUAUAAUCAUUUAUUUGAAAAUUUGAACGAUUCAAAAUUGAAAAUCCUUGAUUAUUAUACUGGACAUGUUUUAACUGCUAAAGUUCCUCCAAUUCCCCAAUCUUUAGAUAUUUUCCACCAAUACUUCAUUCAUAAUUUCAUAGUCCAAGAUGAUUUCGCAAUUAAAUUAUUACCUGCUUUGGAAAAAUCAAUCUUGAGAUCAAGUGAUUAUACUUUUGGCUCCAAUCUUGUCAUUUCCCUAUUUGAGAACUUGAAUCAAUCAAAAGUAAAUUUGAGUGAUAUCUUGAUUGGCUCCAAAUUAUUGAAUCAUAUUUUUUCCGGUAUUAAAUCUUCGAAACCUUUGGUGAGAUUGAAUGCUUCCAAAACUUUAAUCAAGAUUAUCGAUUCCUUAAUUGUUUCAAUGUCUUCGGAAAAUUUUAACAAAUUGAUUGAUGAAAUUUUGAAAAAUUAUAAAGCAACUUCAAAUUCUGAUAUUAAGUUCGAUCUUAUUAACUUAUUGAAAUUUUUACCUAAAAAUUUGGACGUUUCUUUGAAAAUUUGUAAAGAUUUAAAUCCAAUCGUUUCAAAAGAUCAAAAUGAAACUUCUUUAACUGGUUUGGUAAACUCAUUCAUUACUCAUUUCUUAAAUAUCAUCAAUAAUGAAGCUUGGAAUGACACCGAUGUUUCAAGUUUCGAAAAUCAAAUUAAAACUGGAUUGGCCGACAAAAAAACUCAAUUAAGAAAAAUUUGGUUCUUGGAAUUAGGUAACCAAUUGUUCGAUUUCAAUUCCCAAAUUUCUUCAAGAUUUGGCAAUUUCUUAUCAAGCAUUCAUCCAGUGAUGUUGAAAUCCUUAGAUGAAGCUCAAGCAUCUCCUUUACCAACAAUCACAAAUAAAAGCAUCGUUUGUUCUUAUGUCACUAUUGCUUUAUCCCCAAUCUUUGCAAAUGUUUUGGAAAUUGAUUCGAAAAAAGUCUUCGUUGAUUCGUUAAUUGACUCCGGUGAUAAAUUUUCUAUAUUGGUUAGUCCAAAAGUUAUUACAAAAUUAAACGAGUUCGAAUCCAGUUGGUGUACCAAGAGUCUUGUCACUAGCUUGAAUUACAUCGAAUCUUUAAGCUCUGAUGACCAACUUGCUUACGGUUUAUCUUGGUUAUAUUUUAAUAUAUCGACUAAUAUUCCAUAUGAUCAAAGAUUAUUGAGUUUGAAAUUAAUCAAACGUGGUUUCACCCAAAAUCCAAAAAUUUUAAGUAACGCUAUUAUUAAUGCAACUAAUAAGGUUUUGAGUGACCUUGAUGCCAAUUCAAUCGAUCAGGAUUUGUUCAAGUAUAAUUUAAAACUUUUAUCACCAAUAUUUUCCGUCAUCACCACUAAAACCAAUGAUCAAUUCGAAGAAAUAAUUGAACAAAACUUAUCGAGAUUAUUGGUCCCUUCAAAUCAUUCCCAGAUUCCGAUCAAAUUAGAAUGGAUCGGUUUAACUCAAAGAUCCAAUGUUGACGUCGGUAAAUUAGUCGAAUCAAACUAUGAUUCUUUUAUUGAUGAAAUUUACCAUAAUUUAAACUCUUCCAAUACCAACGGUGACGUUUAUAAAGCUUCUUUACGUUCAAUGAGCAUUAUAAGUUUUAUUCGCCCAGACUUGGUUGGUCCUAAAUUAUCGUCAUUACUCAGUCAAGAUUUGAAACUUGAUGCUUUAAAUAACUUAGAUUCAACAAGUGUUCAAAUUUGGAGAGCAAAUCAAAAUGAAUUAGUGGUGGAUGUUUUAGCUGAAAAUGCAAAUGGUAAAAAGAAACAAGAAGAUAAGAAUGCAAAAGAUUAUGAAACUAGAAAAUGGGAAGAAUCCUUGAAAAAAGAAUUAGACGCCAAAAAGAAAUCAAUUCCUAAAAAAUUAACUAAACAAGAACAAACCUUGGUUAAUGAACAAUUAGCUAAAGAACAGGAAAUUCGUUCCAACGUUCAAUCGUCAAUUAAUCAUUACUAUAGGGCUUGGCUUAUCAUUGAAGAUUUAGCUCAAAGUGCAACUCAAGUUGAUAAUGGUGUUAAAUUUUGGUUCCCAGUUGCUAUUUUGCAUACCUUAUCAUUAUUGAAUUUGGACAUAACAAAUGAAAUCUUUGGCAGUUUACCGGUGAAUAUCUAUCUUAAAUUAUCUAACUUAGUUUCUGAUAGAAUCGGUUUAUUAAAACCAUUCGUAGGGUCUGCAACUAUUAGAUUAAACAAUUUCAAAGGUUUAUCAGAAAAUUAUUUGGAUGAACCAAUUUUGGAUUUGAUUAGUCGUAUUUUAUUCAGAAUUAAAAUACUAUCUGACCAAAGACCUUUGGACUCCAUUUCUUUGUCUUACUUAUUACCUUUGGUUGUCAAAGUCUUGGAUAAUGGUAAGAAAGUUGCUAUCAAAAAUUCUACUAAACAGGCUGUUACUUCUGAGUUUGUUCAAGAAGAUCCUGAAGAAGAACAGCUCAUGUUAGCAAUUGAAAUUAUUUCCGCUCAUGCUGAGAUUUUUGAAGAUGAUUCGAUCCCAAGAACUAAAAUUUUGGAAGUCUUGAUUGACCUCAUGAAUUUACCUGCAAAAGCUAAAUUAGCUAAGGAAUGCUUCUUAUCUUUGUGUCAACAUAUCGCUGUAAAUAUCAAUGAACAAGAUUUGAAGUUAUUAUUGGACAAUGUGGUUGUCAGUAAUGUUUUUAUCAAAACUGCCAUCUUGGAAGGUAUCGAUUCUGAAUUUGAUUUAUCGAAUGAUUUAUCAUAUUCGAAUGAAAUUUGGAUUGCCGCUCAUGAUCCUGAUACUAAUUGCGCUGAUUUAGCAAUUACUAUUUGGGAAGACAACAGCUUUAAGGUUGCAGAUGAUGCAUUAGAACAAUUGUUGUCUUUUGCUGGUAAUAAUGAUGCUGGUUUGAGGUUGUCAAUCGCAAAAGCAUUAAUAUCUGCUGCCCGCUCUUUAUCUUCAUCAAACCCUGAUAUUUACACCUCAUUUUUGAAUAAAUUAAUCGACCUUUAUCAUCAGAAAGAGAACCCACCUGCUCCUAAAUUAGAUCAAUUUGGUUUAGCCAUUAGAACUAAGGUUGAUCAAAAAGACCCUUGGGAAGAAAGAUCAACUGUUGCUCUCUGUUUGAAAUUGUUAUCCCCUCAUUUAACUGAAGGAGCCAACAUCCAAACCGUUUUCGACUUUUUGGUCACUGAAAAAGCAUUAGGCGAUAAGGAAGAUUUAGUUCGUCAAGAGUUACAAGACGCUGGUGUCGAAAUUAUCAAGGAUCAUGGUUUAGAGUUUAUGGAAACUUUAAUUCCAAUUUUCGAAACUUGUUUGGGUGAAAAAGAUGAUGGUACUAAAAAACAAGAUAAAAUUAGAGAAUGUGUUAUUAUUUUAUAUGGUGCUUUAGGUCGCCACUUAGAUGCAGCUGAUGAAAGAUUAAAACUCAUUGUUGAAAGAUUAUUGAAAACUCUCAAUACCCCAUCAGAAGAUGUUCAGUUUGCUAUUUCAGAAUGUAUUGCUCCUUUAGUAAAGUCUUUCUCAGACAGGUUAGAACAACAUUUCGAUGAGUUAUUCGAAAAAUUGUUCAAUGGUAAAACCUUGGCUAUAAGACGUGGUGGUGCAUACGGUAUUGCAGGUUUAGUUAAAGGUGCUGGUAUCAAGUCAUUAUCUACUUACGAUGUCAUCAGAACUUUGACCGAUGCAGCAGAUGAUAAGAAAAACCCAGGAAGAAGAGAAGGUGUUUCAUUUGCCUUUGAAUGUUUAUCUUUGAGUUUAGGUAAAUUCUUCGAACCUUAUGUCAUUGAGGUUUUACCAAUAAUUUUGAAAUCCUUGGGUGAUACAGUUCCGGAGGUUAGAGAAGCUACUGAUUUUGCUGCAAGACAGAUUAUGAAGAAUACCACUAGUUUCGGUGUGAAAAAACUCAUUCCUCUUGCCAUUUCUAAUUUAGAUGAAAUUCAAUGGAGAUCCAAAAAAGGUUCCGUUGAGUUAUUAGGUUCAAUGGCAUAUUUGGAUCCAGCUCAAUUAUCAGCAUCUUUGUCUACUAUUGUUCCUGAAAUUGUUGGUGUUUUGAAUGACACCCAUAAGGAAGUUAGAAAAGCUGCGGAUCAAGCUUUGAAGAGAUUUGGUGAUGUUAUCCGUAAUCCAGAAAUUCAAGCCAUUGUCCCUGCUUUAAUCAAUGCUAUUGGUGACCCAACUAAAUACACCGAUGAAGCUUUGGAUAAAUUGAUUAAAACUCAAUUCGUCCAUUACAUUGAUGGUCCUUCCUUAGCCCUUAUCAUUCACGUUAUUCAUAGAGGUAUGAGAGAUAGAUCUGCAGCUACCAAGAGAAAAGCAUGUCAAAUUGUUGGUAACAUGGCGAUUUUAGUUGAUGCUAAAGAUUUACGCCCAUAUUUGUCUCAAUUAGUCCAAGAGUUAGAAGUUGCUAUGGUUGAUCCAGUUCCAGCUACUAGAUCUACCGCUGCUAGAGCUUUGGGUUCUUUGGUUGAAAAAUUAGGUGAAGAUCAAUUCCCAGAUUUGAUUCCUCGUUUAUUAGAUACUUUACAGGAUGAAAACAAAUCUGGUGAUCGUCUUGGUUCUGCUCAAGCAUUAUCUGAAGUCAUCUCUGGUCUUGGUAUUAGUAAAUUGGAUGAAUUAUUACCAGUUAUUUUGACAAACGCUACCAACUCUCGUACCUAUAUUCGUGCUGGUUUCAUGCCACUUUUAUUGUUUUUACCAGUUUGUUUCGGUACCCAGUUCUCUCCAUAUUUGAGUAAGAUCAUUCCACCUAUUUUAGCUGGUUUAGCGGAUGUCGAUGAAGAAAUUCGUGAUACUUCGUUGAGAGCUGGUAGAUUAAUUGUCAAGAACUAUGCCAAGAAGGCUGUUGAUUUGUUACUUCCAGAAUUGGAAGCUGGAUUAUCCGAUUCUAAUUACCGUAUUCGUCUUUCCUCAGUUGAACUUACUGGUGAUUUGUUGUUCCAAGUUACUGGUAUUUCUGGUAAGAAUGAACUUGUUGAAGAACAAGCUGAAUAUUCUGGUGAAGUUAACAAAUCACUCUUGGAAGUUUUGGGUCAAGAACGUCGUGAUCGUGUUUUGGCAGCCUUAUUUGUUUGUCGUUCAGAUGUUACCGGUAUCGUCCGUAGUGCAGCUGUUGAUAUUUGGAAGGCCUUGGUUGCUAAUACUCCUAGAACUGUUAAAGAGAUCUUACCUACUUUGACUACUAUUAUUGUUCGUAGAUUAGCAUCUCCUGAUGAAGUUCAUAGAACUAUUGCUGCUUCUACAUUAGGUGAAAUGGUUCGUAGAGUUGGUGCCAAUGCAUUGGCUCAAUUAUUGCCAACUUUGGAAGAAUCAUUGGUUACUGGUGAUAGUGAUACUAAACAAGGUAUUUGUAUUGCUUUAACUGAAUUAAUCAAAUCCGCUUCUAAUGAUGCAAUGAAUGAAUAUAGCCAUGUAUUUAUUCGUAUUGUUCGUGAUGCACUUAUUGAUUCAUCACCAAGGGUUAGAGAAGCUGCUGCACAAGGGUUCGAAGCAUUACAAGAAAUCUUGGGUAAGGUUGUCAUUGAUGAAAUUUUACCACAUUUAUUAAACUUGUUAGAAUCUUCAUCUCGUGAAACUUCUGAAAAUGCUUUAUCUGCAUUACAAGAUAUUAUGGCAACCAAAUCCGAAGUCAUUUUCCCGAUUUUGAUUCCAACCUUGUUAACUCCACCUAUCGAUGCUUUCAAAGCCAAGGCAUUAUCUUCAUUAGCAUCUGUUGCUGGUUCUGCAUUAUACAGACGUUUGAGUACAAUUAUUAAUACAUUGGUCCUGGCAGUAAUUGAAGCUAGAAAUGAAUCUGAAGAAUAUCAACAACAAAUUAAAGAUUCAUUUGAUCAAAUUUUAUUAGCAAUUGAUGACAAUGCUGGUGUUAAUCCAUUGAUGCAACAAUUAUUAUCAUUGGUUAAACAUGAAGAUUCUGCUAAGAGAGCUAUUGUUUAUGAAAGAUUAGGAAAUUUCUUUAGUAAUACGACUUUAGAUUAUUCUAUUUACACCCAAGAUAUGAUUGGACAAUUUAUCUUAUCAUUAGGUGAUAAAUCUCCACGAGUUGUUCAAGGUACUUUUGAUGCUUUAACCGCCUUGGUCAAAAACCAAAGUAAGGAGUCAUUAGAAAGAUUGGUUAAACCUGCUAGACAAGCAUUAAUUUUGACUGGUGUUAAGGGAGAAGAAUUAGCUGGUUUCAAACUUCCAAAGGGACCAAAUUGUAUUUUACCGAUUUUCUUACAUGGAUUAAUGUAUGGUAAUAAUGAACAACGUGAAGCAUCAGCAUUAUCUAUAGCUGAUAUUAUUGAUAAGACCCCAUCAGCUAAUUUAAGACCAUUUGCUACUACUAUCACUGGUCCAUUAAUUCGUGUUAUUGGUGAAAAAGUUAGUAGUGAUAUUAAGGCUGCUAUUUUAAUUGCCUUAACCAAUUUGUUAUUGAAGAUUCCACAAUUUUUAAGACCAUUUGUUCCACAAUUACAAAGAACUUUUGUUAGAUCCUUAAGUGAUGCUAAUAAUGAAACAUUAAGAGAAAAAGCCGUUAUUGCAUUAGGAGUAUUAAUUGAAUUCCAACCAAGAGUUGAUUCAUUAGUUACUGAAUUAGUAACUGGUGCUAAGAACACGGAUGAUUCAGGAGUUAAAAUGACAAUGUUGAAAGGUAUGUUAGAAGUUGUUAGUAAAGCAGGUAAUAAUAUGAAUGAAACCUCUAAGAAUUCAAUUAUGACCUUAGUUGAAGAAGAAAUCACCAAAGUAUCCGAUGAAAAAACUGCUGUUUCAUACGCUAGAUUAAUUGGAUCAUUACUGAAGAUUUUAUCUAGUGAUGAAGCUAAGAAUAUUUUGAAUGAUAAGGUAUUAAUCAAUGCCAAUUCUGGAGAUAUUCAAAAAUUGAAAUUCAGUAUUUUAUCAAUCAAUUCAUUUUUGAAAGAUUCUCCACAACAUAUUUUCCAAACUGAUUUAUUACAAGGAAUCAUUGAUUUUAUAAUAAGUGGAAGUAAUUCGAGAUUUGAUUACAUUAGUGAUAAUGCUACAAUUGCAAUUGGUAAAUUAUUUUUACAACUCGAGAAGAAACCUGAAUAUACCAUUGAUGAAGAAUUAAGAAUUGAAUUGAUUAAACAGUUAUCAAUAACCAUGAUCAAACCCGAAUCCAAUUCAAGUGACACUCGUCGUUUAUCAUUAGUUGUUAUUCGUACUUUGGCAAGAUACCAAUACGAAAAACUUAUCAAACCAAAUUGGACCUUGAUUGUACCAAGUGUAUUUACGUGUUUAAGAGAUGCGGUUAUUCCAAUUAGAUUAGCCGCUGAAAAAGCCUACUUAGCAAUUUUCAAUUUAAUUGAAGAUACUGAACUGAAAGAUUUUAAUCAAUACUUCAGCGAUAACACUAAUAUUAGUACGGUUAUUGGUGGGGCCAUUCAACCCAGAUCAAUUGGUGAUUAUACCAAGAGAGUUGCUAAUAGAUUAGCAUCGGUUGAACGAGAACGUAUCGAGGCCGGUGGUGACGACGAGACCUUGUUCAGUGACCGUAUUGAAGACGAACAAGAGGUAUGGGCCGUUGGGGGAGUUGACUUGAACAAUCAUUAG